AUGAAGCGCAUCAGUCAAUUACAGGUGGCAAAUGGUCUGAAAGGCUUACGGGUGUAUAAGUGUCAAGGUAUUGCUUCACUGAGUCAACGAUGUAUACACACCACACCACAUUCGCCCGCAACAGUUGCACCUGCGGCAUUCACGGCAUCUGGCCCACCCCCAGCUCCACCAACUCUCAGCACCGAGGAUGUUGAUAUCCGGGUUGCCAGGAAGAGGAAACAAGCAGAGUUACUCAAGAAAGGUCAAGAUUUCAGGGCGGUGGCUAGUGGAAAGGGUGGCGGAACGGCGAAAACCAAGAGGUUUUGGAAGGAUGUUCAUAUCAAACAUACAGAAGAGGGAAUGCAAGUAUUCCUCGAUAAACAUCCUCUUCGACGACCUUCCAAAGAUAUUCUCACAGUACCACAUCAUAAACCACAUUUGGCAUCUGCCAUUGCCCUCGAAUGGGAUCUCCUCGUAUCGGCUCAACAAGCUCUCAAAACCCAUCUUAUACCGAUGACAUCUCUCGUGAACCGUGCGCUUGACAUUGUGGAUGAAGGCAAUGAGGGAAAAGCCACGAUAAGAAAUAACAUCAUCACGACAGUGAUGCGAUAUCUCGAUACCGAUUCACUUUUAUGUUGGGCACCUGAACCGCCUGCAGAUCCACCAGGAUAUGAAAGACAUGUUGAUAGAGUUGUAAGUUUACGAAUCAUUCAGAGGCUGUCUGCAGAGCCUAUAAUCCAAUUCUUGUCCGAGAGGGUAUGGCCUGGGGUGGAACUUGUACCAAUUUUGGAUGCACAUAGCAUUGUACCUAAAAGUCAACCACAAGAAACUAAGGACAUAAUAAGAGGAUGGGUUUCCGGAUUACCUGCUUUUGAGCUUGCGGGAUUGGAGAGAGGUGUUUUGGCUGGAAAAAGUUUACUUGGAGGUGCACGAUUCCUGGUUGAAUGGAGUACCGAAUUGGCACAUCUGCGAGAUGAUGCUGCCGAAAAGAAAUUCGGUGUAGAAGAGGCAGCUGUAGCUUCGAGCUUGGAGGUAGAUUGGCAGACUGGUAUGUGGGGAGCUGUUGAAGAUACACAUGAUGUUGAGAGGGAAGAUAUUAGGAGGCAAUUCGGAAGUAUAGUACUACUUGUAUCUGGGGAGAAAAAAUAA